AUGGAGCCCGCGCCUCAAGGUAGUGGCCAGCAAGGCAGACAGCAGCAGCAGCAGCAACAGCCUGUCUACGAUAUCAGGAAUGGCGGACACUACGGUGCUAGUGCAGCGCUCUCUGCGCAAGGAUAUGCUCCAGUUGCUGAGCUGUACACCGGAACCUGGGCCAAUGUGAACCAAGGUCUGCAGGGCACAGCUCGCGAUAUCUUGACAACUUACUGGCAGCAUGUCAUCAAUCACCUCGAGACAGACAAUCACGACUACAAGAUUCACCAGCUACCCCUCGCUCGAAUCAAGAAAGUCAUGAAGGCAGAUCCCGAGGUCAAGAUGAUCUCCGCUGAGGCCCCCAUCCUGUUCGCUAAGGGCUGUGACAUCUUCAUCACCGAGUUGACAAUGCGAGCCUGGAUCCACGCCGAAGACAACAAGCGCCGUACUCUCCAGCGCUCCGACAUUGCCGCUGCCCUCUCCAAGUCGGACAUGUUCGACUUCCUGAUUGACAUCGUUCCUCGUGAGGAGGCCACCUCCCACGCUAAGCGCUCCAGCCAGGCUGGCGCCACGGCACCGGGUCCCGCUGCUGCUCCCGGCCAGAUGGCAUCUGCCCAACAUGGUGUUCAGCCGCACAUGGGCCCCGCAGACUACGGUUCCAUGUCCCAGCACGGUAUGACACAGGAGCAGGAGUAUCGCCAACAACAGGCCAUGUACCCCGGUGCAGUCCAGCAGGACCCGACGGCCGCGUACGGUCAGCCACAGCCUCAGAUGUUCGAGGGGAUGUACGGUUACCCCCAUAUGCCGCCUCAGCAGUGA